GUGAUUCAAAGCGAGCCUUGUCACUGAAACGGGUUUCUUUAUAAACUCCGUCCGCACCCCCUGAUUCCUACUGAAAUAGUCUCUCUCUCUCUAAUGGAAGCUGGCGAAAGAACAUUCUCAAGAUCUCAUUCCCUCCAACUAAUCUGUAUCUUAUUGGUUGUGUGCCAUAUCGCGCUUGUUGGAUCAGAUGUAUUGGAUACUUCAACUAGUCAAAGAGAAUUCAAAGAGUUCCGGCCCUUGUAUGACUGUGAGCAGUGCCGUUUGAGGAAGCAGGAACAAGUUAAUAAUUCUGCUACAGGAGUUGGCAAUCAUCCAGAUGAAAAGGAUAUUGACAUCAUAGCAACAUACACGGACACUUCUGGUGCUGUUCGAGUUAGUAGCGUGAAAAUGAGGGAUCUAUCUGCUUCCUGGGUAUGGGAAAAACCUAUGGAUUCUAAUCAUGGUCAGUCAAAGAGUUCCCAGAAAAUGGAAUAUUCGUUUCAAUCUGAGAUGGGAUCUGGAGAGAACGUGGAGCAUUCUACUGAUGAGCAUCAAGAAGGUGGAAGCCCAUAUCCUCAGAUGUCAUCAAUGAGCCCAGUGAAGCUCAUGCGACGGAAAAUGCGGCAGGAAAGGAGGGAUCUUCGAACUGCUCAGUUAGUUCAACAAAAUAAAGAAACUGACUACGAGAUGGCAGCAGCAGCAGUUGAACGGUCGAAAAACCUCGACACCACUGUCAAGGGAAAGUACAGUAUAUGGAGGCGAGAUUAUGAUAAUCCAAAUUCUGAUUCAACCUUGAAACUCAUGCGUGACCAGAUUGUAAUGGCCAGAGCAUAUGCAUAUAUUGCCAAGUCUAAAAAUGAAAGUAAUCUUUACAAUUCUCUCAUGCAACACUCCAGAGAAAGUCAGCGUGCUAUCGGAGAAGCCAAUUCUGAUGCUGAGCUUCACCCAAGUGCACUUGAUCAAGCAAAAGCAAUGGGCCAUGUUCUCUCCAUAGCUAAAGACCAACUAUAUGACUGUGCUAUGAUUGCAAUGAAGUUUAGAGCCAUGCUUCAGUCAACAGAAGAGAAUGUAAAUGCCCUGAAAAAAAAGAGUGCAUUCUUGAUUCAGCUAGCUGCAAAAACAGUCCCUAAAGGACUGCACUGCCUUCCUUUGCAGCUUGCAGCAGAGUAUUACCUGCAGGGUUAUCAUAAGAAACAGGAUAUUGACAAAGAAAAGCUUGAAGAUCCAUCUUUAUACCACUAUGCCAUCUUUUCUGACAAUGUCCUAGCAACAUCUGUGGUUGUCAAUUCUACCGUGCUGCAUGCACAGGAACCUGAGAAACAUGUUUUCCACAUAGUCACGGAUAAACUGAAUUUUGCUGCAAUGAGAAUGUGGUUUCUUGUCAACCCUCCUCCAAAAGCAACCAUACAAGUUGAGAACAUCGAUGAUUUCGGGUGGUUGAAUUCCUCGUACUGUUCUGUUUUACGUCAACUUGAAUCUGCAAGAAUUAAAGAAUAUUAUUUCAAGGCAAAUCAUCCUUCUUCCAUCUCUGCUGGGGCUGAUAAUCUUAAAUAUAGGAAUCCAAAAUAUUUGUCCAUGCUGAAUCAUCUUAGAUUCUACCUUCCUGAAGUCUACCCAAAUUUAGACAAGAUCCUAUUUUUAGAUGAUGAUAUUGUAGUUCAGAAGGAUCUCACACCUCUCUGGUCCAUUGAUCUGCAAGGGAUGGUAAAUGGUGCAGUAGAGACAUGCAAGGAGAGCUUCCACAGAUUUGAUAAGUAUUUAAACUUCUCUAAUCCAAAGAUCUCUGAGAAUUUCGAUCAAAAUGCUUGUGGUUGGGCAUUUGGCAUGAAUAUUUUUGACUUGAAGGAGUGGAAAAGGCGAAAUAUCACCGGAAUAUACCAUCAUUGGCAGGAUAUGAAUGAGGAUAGAACGCUUUGGAAACUUGGCACCUUGCCGCCGGGACUUAUCACUUUCUACAACUUGACCUAUCCGCUUGACCGGGGUUGGCAUGUCUUGGGACUUGGCUAUGACCCAGCUCUUAAUCAAACAGAGAUAGACAAUGCAGCUGUCGUCCAUUACAAUGGAAACUACAAGCCAUGGUUGGACUUGGCUGUUUCCAAGUACAAGUCUUACUGGUCGAAAUAUGUAAUGUAUGAUAACCCCUUUCUUCGAUUGUGCAACAUUAGUGAAUAACAUUUAUUUUUUUGUCCUGCUCACGCCCUCUCACUCACUUACACGUGUAAUAUUUGAUCUAAACAAGAAAAUAAAUCCAAAAUGCCUUAUGCUCCCAUAGAAUUUAUUAA